AUGGGGUGGCGCACCUGGGUUGCUGGAAGCAGAGCACGCUUUGGCGGCUCCCGCGGUAUACGCGGAAUGCGCACCAGGCUACAACAGCAGUGCCACUGGAGAAUCAAUAUGCCCCUUGCUGGCGCAGAACGGCAGAAAACAUGGAAGGACACCUGCCGUCCAACCCGUGCGGAAAGGCAUAUGUUCGCGGGGCGCGCUCUGCAAAUGCGCGGCCACAGCGCUCGGCCCCGUGCUGCCACCAAGCUCUUCUCCACCAAGGGCGCCCGCCCCAACCUAAGUGCGGCGUGCGGCGCACGGUUGGAAUCAUGCCCGGAUUUGUUUAUUCACGGGCAGUGGAAACACCCCGAAAAAACAAAGUAUUGGUAG